AUGAAGUGGUUGAGUUUGAUGUUUUUGGUCGGUGCUGUGAUUGCUAAGCAUGAGGAAUAUCAUGGCUACUCACUAUUUGAAGUGCAAGCAAAGGACACCAGUCAAGCCAAGCUGCUAAACCAAAUUGAAAACGAAGCUCAUGGUGAUAUUUGGUCUCAUGCUCUGCCAGGUCGCCCCGGAUAUGUCUUGAUCUCCAAAGAUGAAAAACAUAAAUUUCAGGAUGCUUUGGAAGCUGCUGGACUAGAGUACAAAAUUCAGACUGAAAAUAUAAAGGAGUAA